GCAAGUUUAGUGUGAAAGCCGGAGCAGGAGGGCGGCAGAGCUGAGCGGCAGUAACCGGGAGAAGAGUAGAGAUAUCCGAAUACAUAAGAAACGGUGUACCGUUGACGGACAUUAUCACUCAACAUUGUGCUGUUUUCAUUAGCGUCGUGACGCGCGGCUGGAGGUCAAAUCUGUCCCUCGGCCAAUCAGUGAGUGGAGCAGCCAGACGCGACAUUAACAGGAGCAGCCGGCUGCAGCUACGCUAAAUAUGUCCGAUAAUGGGGAGGUCGAGGACAAGCCCCCAGCUCCACCCAUGAGAAACACCAGCACCAUGAUAGGCUCCUGCAACAAGGACCCCACCCCCCUCAACCACAGCUCCAAGCCUCUGCCACCGAACCCAGAGGACAAGAAGAAGAAGGACCGCUCGAUCCGAUUCAUCCUGACCGGAGGAGGUGACAAGACCUAUAAGAAAAAGGAACGGCCAGAGAUUUCACUGCCCUCUGAUUUCGAACACACCAUCCAUGUUGGCUUUGACGCUGUUACCGGGGAGUUUACUGGCAUGCCAGAGCAGUGGGCCCGCCUCCUGCAGACAUCCAACAUCACUAAGCUGGAACAGAAGAAGAAUCCUCAGGCCGUUCUUGAUGUUUUAAAGUUCUAUGACUCGAAGGAAACUGCAAACAGCCAGAAAUAUAUGAGCUUCACAGAUAAAAAUGCAGAUGCCUUCAGCUCCUCCACCACAACGAAAGCCAAGGCUAUGUCAGAGACACCUGCCAUAGCAACCGUAUCUGAAGAGGAGGACGAAGACGAAGCUGAACCACCACCGGUGAUUGCCCCCCGACCAGAACACACCAAAUCAAUAUACACUCGCUCAGUGAUCGAGCCCCUCCCUCCUCUCCCAUCAACCAAAGAUGCUGCGACUUCACCCAUCAACCCACCGUCAGCUGCAGGAGCCUCCACUGCUGCUGCCGCUGCCGCCAUCACCCCCGCCCUGUCCACAGACGGAGCCCCCAGCAGCCCUCCCAGUGCAAGCCCCGCCCCCGGACCCUCCAUACCUCAACCCCUAGACAAAACCAGGAAGAAGAAGAUGUCAGAUGAGGAGAUUCUUGAGAAACUACGGACGAUUGUAAGUGUUGGAGACCCAAAGAAGAAAUACACACGCUUUGAGAAGAUCGGACAGGGGGCGUCUGGGACUGUGUACACAGCCAUCGACAUCGCUACAGGACAAGAGGUUGCCAUUAAACAGAUGAACCUGCAGCAGCAGCCGAAGAAGGAACUGAUCAUCAAUGAGAUUCUGGUGAUGAGGGAAAAUAAAAACCCAAACAUAGUCAACUACCUGGACAGUUAUCUGGUGGGUGAUGAGCUGUGGGUGGUGAUGGAGUACCUGGCUGGGGGUUCAUUGACUGAUGUUGUCACAGAAACGUGCAUGGACGAAGCCCAGAUAGCUGCUGUGUGUCGAGAGUGUCUCCAGGCAUUGGAGUUCCUUCACUCAAACCAGGUCAUCCAUCGAGACAUCAAGAGUGACAACAUCCUGCUGGGCAUGGAUGGUUCCGUCAAACUCACUGAUUUUGGGUUUUGCGCCCAGAUCACGCCAGAGCAGAGUAAACGCAGCACCAUGGUUGGGACUCCAUACUGGAUGGCACCGGAGGUUGUGACCCGUAAAGCCUACGGUCCCAAAGUGGACAUCUGGUCACUUGGCAUCAUGGCCAUAGAGAUGGUGGAGGGGGAGCCGCCAUACCUGAAUGAAAAUCCACUCAGGGCAUUGUAUCUCAUAGCAACCAAUGGUACGCCAGAGCUGCAGAACCCAGAGAAACUGUCCACGAUAUUCAGAGACUUCCUGAAUCGAUGUCUGGAGAUGGAUGUGGAGAAGAGAGGGUCGGCUAAAGAACUAUUGCAGCAUCAAUUUUUGAAGAUGGCAAAACCUCUCUCCAGCCUCACUCCUCUCAUUGUGGCUGCUAAAGAGGCUGCCAAGAACAAUCGCUAGAUCUCUCUCUUCCCCUCUCUCUCUCUCACCCCUCCUUUUUCCGACAGUUUAUUUUUUCCGGGAGGCAGUGGAAGCUGCAGACUGGAUGACUUGACUAGUCUUUCACUUCCACCAUUUUUGUCUUUUGUUAACUGCACUGACUGCUCCUUCACCCUGUGACCUUUGACUCCAUGCUCGACCUCCCCCAUACCUGACCCAACCCCCCCCCCCCAUUACCCUCACAGGGAGAAAGAAGGGCAGUUUAUUCCUGUAACCUCUUUUUCAACACUCCGCUGGACUCACACAGAAGGAUGGGAACUAACUGAGUGAUAUCAUCAGUUGAUCUGUGAUCAAGUGAUGUCGUUGCAUUGCUGACAUCACCGCUCCCCCACCCCCUCAGUCGGUACGAAAUACCUGAUAUACGGUAGACUGAGUGUUUCAAUAGAGCCCAAAGACUCAUGGGAGGUUUUUUUUAUUAGUGUUUGUUUGUUUUCUAUGUUGUCUACAAAAUCCCGGACCACAACAGCCAAUUUAGCACCCUCUGCUGCAGACUCUGUGUGUCUGUGUGUCUGUGUGUAUGUCACUGGGUGAUGCUGGGACAUUAAAUAAGUUGAUUGUAGCGUUGAUUACCGUGUGUCGCAGCAGAGGUUUUCUUUGUCGUGUCUGAAGUAUGACGUUAUGAGCUACAGAAUAUUAAUACGAGUUAUAAUGAGGAAACACUGGCGCGCCCACAGCCACCGAUGGACUGAGUUUGGAAGAGGUUGUCACUUGGGGGGGGGGGGGGAAACACUCCUUUUCUUUUGACUCCACUCCAACCAGAUUCUGAAAGUAACAAAUAAAGCUGUGUACUUUUAUUAGUUUUUAUCAUUAGCAGAACUGGGAAAACAAAACUUGAAUAACCCAACUGAUAUUUUAACUACAUUAAAAAGAAAGAAGUAAAGUCCAAUCCACAUUUUAACAGUGUGUCAUGUACAUUUGGAAACAAAAUGAAAGGUGUCACAUGGUUAAAAUAAUAAGUGUUUACAUCUGAAUAGGCCUGUGAUGGACAGACACUUUGAUGUCAUGCCUUCCUUGGUGUAGGGAAACUUGCAAGGCUCAAAAUCUGUGUUUGUUGAUUUUUAUUGCUGACAUUUGAUGAAAUCAUAAACAAUCUAGAGAGGCAGCUGUUUAUUCUACUGUAUUAUUCUUUUAGUAUUUUAUUAGUACUCCACACAUACUCUCUGACUCGUGACAGUUAUAGCGUGUUCUUUUUGCCUUGCAUGUUGGAACUGGGAAUCACUGGAAAUAUGUUACAGUUGGAUAAUGGUUUGCUAAAGUAUGGUGAAGAGUUUAAUUGUGUUUGGCAUGACAACAUCAGGGGCCAUUUCGGCUAUCACCUUGAAAAUUACGUUCUCCGAAUACAAAUGGUGCACUAUUGCAAAUGAUCCAAACCUGUGCAAGAGCACCAGAGAUGCAAUCCAUCUCUCUUAUCCCCCUUUUCUCUUGAAAUCAAAGUGAACAUGAAGCUGUAGUUUGAAUUGUUUGAACCUUUAUUUCAAAGUCUUUCUCUAAAUAGGCUGAACAAGUUAAAACUGGUGUUUAGAAAGUCUGAGUUAAAAAUCGUACCCAUCAUACAGCUACACACACCCUGCUAAACUCGCUCCAUCUGCAGCUCUGGGACUUCACUGUCUGCCGUCUCAAUGCUGAGACUGUGUGAGAGAAUGUGCAUGUUGAUGACUUUUUUUUUAUACGUUAAAGAUAGGAAAUAAUAAAAAUGAGUUCUGAUAAGGCUGAAAAUGUUUACUAUUGAUACAUGAAGAAUGCCUGUGUAUGAUAGGAUAGAUCUCAAUCCUAUUUUAAGAAGGAUUAGACAAAUAAAUGGUACGAUGGUAUGUUUUUCUCUGCCUGGACGAGCCCUCUGAACAAAAAGUGUAUAGUUUACUGGACAUGCAACAAAACAAGAAAACUGUUGUUUUGUUUUCUUUUGCAGCCACAGUUCUUCAUAACAAAUUCAAACAUCAGAGAUGGAAAAUAAAACCUUCAGUUUAAAUACUGAAUUCUCAAAGCUG